GAUCCACGAUGCCACCGUUCCGACAAGAGCCCGACCCCCGGGCGAACACCCCACCCCCUCGGGCGCGCUCCUCCCUGUGGGAGGCGGUGUUCCGGAGGAAGCUGAUCGGGCCGGCCACGUUCCGGUCCCCGCUGCGGAGAUGCCUGGAGUCCCGGGACCUGAUGGCCCUGGGGUUGGCCGCGGUGCUCGGGACAGGGAUCUACAUCACCGUGGGUCUGGUGGCCAGGCAACACGCAGGUCCAGCAGUGCUAGUGUCAUUUGUGGUAGGAGGCCUGGCAGCGUUCCUCACCAGUCUAUGCCAGGCAGAGUUCGGAGCUAGGCUCCCAUUGGCCGGCGCCACCUACACGUACAUCUACGUCACGGUGGGUGAACUGUGGGGCUUCCUGAUUGGCUGGAACACUGUGAUGGAGCUGACGGUGGCGCUGGCGUUCGUCGGUCGCACCUGGAGUUCUCACCUUGACGCCCUGUGCGGCCACGCCGUCAGUACGUACCUCAAGACCCACGUGGCCACCUGGGACCUCACACCUUUAGCCGACUUUCCUGACUUUUGCGCGUUCGGCUCUGUUCUGCUAACUGUGUUGUUCGUCAUAAUAGGAGCUAAGAUUUCGACGUGGAUAUCCGCCAUCUUUAUUUCAAUCAACUUUGUCGUCAUCGUUUGCGUCAUCGUGUCCGGCGCGUUCGCGUCGCACCUGGGAAACUGGACAGAGGCGGAGUUCGCGCCGUACGGGUGGGAGGGGGUCAUCACCGGGGCCUCCAUCGCCUUCAGCUGUUUCACCGGGCUCAACGUCAUCCUGACGUCAGGCGAGGAGACCCACGAGGCCAACACGUCACUUCCGGGAUCUCUCAUCAUGACGGUGGUGACGUCACUUCCGUUGUACAUCGGCGUGGCCGUGAUAUUGACAAUGCUGGUGCCGUGGGAUUCCAUUGACGUAACGUCGCCGCUACCGAGCGCUUUUCUGAGCCACGGACGGAACUGGCGCUGGGCGUGGUACCUGACGACUGUCGGGUGUCUGUCCGCCAUGAUGGCUGCACAGGUGGCCAUUUUAGUCGCCCUGUCGCGGACGGUGUACUCUCUAGCCACGGACGGGCUGCUCUUCUCCUUCUGCGGUAAGGUGAGCCGGACGACGCAGGUGCCGGUGGUGGCGGCGCUUCUGUUCGGCGGGGUGGCGGCGUUCCUGUCCCUGGCGCUGGACGUGGGUUCCCUGGUGCAGUUCGCCUCCAUGGGGUCUCUCCUGUCGUACGUCGUGCUGCCGAUGUGCUCCAUCAUCUCCCGGUACCAGCCGCCCUUACCGCACGAGAUCCCGCACAUCCAGUAUCAGUGGGUGCAACAGCAGAUGCACGAGCAUGCGUACGACACCGAACCGCCUCGGGUGUCCUCGGAAGACUUCGUGGCCGAGUUCGGCCCGAGAUUCCGACGAGUCGGCGAGCUGAGGUCCACGUCACGGUACUUAGAAUGCAUAAAAAACCUCCCCGCUGGUCACGUGGUCACCACGUGCAUCCUGUCCCUCACUAUCGUGCUCGUCGGCUGCAGCGUCCUGGUCAAGCAUGCGCAGUGGGAACCCGUGACGUCACAUUGGUGGGUGUUCUUCCUGCUGACGUUGUUGCUGGCUGCCAUGGCAACCAUUCUGGCCGUGAUCUUCGCCCAUCAUCAGAACGAGGACAUCCCGACCUUCAGGUUACGGCUGAUCCCGUUCGUUCCGGCCCUGACCCUGUGCCUGAAUGUGCUGCUAGUUGUCCACCUGGACGGAAAGACCUGGGCGCGCUGUGCCAUAUGGAUAGGGAUAGGCCUGUUAUUGUAUUUCGGCUACGGCUUUCGCCACAGCAAGGCACUGACCCAACCACACGCACCCCUUCCCGAAGAGUGGAUCCGUCCGCCCAGGGGAAGGCUUUUCCACAGGGAGGACUUCGUGUUGGUGGAACAGCCACCUUCCCGUAUAAGGGAUGACGUAGUUUUGUUCGAUAGAACCGUGCGUGAUGACGUCACGGCCAUGGUGCGAGACGACAUGCUGAGGAGCAUUCCAGAGGACGACGAUGACGAAGAAGAGCGCCCCCUAUUGCCCGAGGGGUGGAACCGCAGGGGAAAGAAGAAAAACAGAGGGGAGCAUUUGGAGAGGGACCCAGUGGUGUUUUACGACUCAAAUAUUUAGAUUUAAGAGUGAAAUAUUGAAGAGAUUAUUGUUUGCUAGAAAGGAAAGGCAUAUUUAUUUCUAUGCAACCACUUGUGCAAUAAAGAGGAAGUGACGUAUACGUAGUUGUCUCUUGUUCU